UCAUCACUCCCCAGGACAAACAGAAUAAGAAAGCAAACAUAAACAACCUUAAAAAACCCCACAUAAACCCUUUUUUUUUUCCUUCUUUUCUCAGACUAAAAUAUAUUUCUGUCCUCCUUUCGCUUCCCUCUUCUUUAAACUUAACACAACAAUGUCUCUGUCUCUGACACCCAAAUCUUUCCCUCCUCUCUUUCUCUCUCUUUUUGUUCUUCUCUCCACUGCCUGCUCCUCCUCCAUACAAAACCUCCUUCAGAGCCAAGGCUUACCUGGUGGUCUUUUCCCUGACAAUGUUAAAUCCUACAAUCUUGACCACAAUGGCAGGCUAGAGGUGCACCUUGAUGGUCCAUGCUUGGCUAAGUUUGAGACAAGGGUUUAUUUUGAUAGUGUUGUUAGAGCUAAUCUUAGUUAUGGUGGUCUUGUUGGACUUGAAGGUCUUUCUCAAGAAGAGCUUUUUCUUUGGUUUCCUGUUAAAGGGAUUAUGGUUAAUGAUCCUUCUUCUGGGUUAAUCUUGUUUGAUAUUGGUCUUGCUCAUAAACAACUCUCUCGUUCUUUGUUCGAAGAUCCCCCUGUUUGCAAGCCUCAAGGAGUCUUGAUGGAGAAUUUUGGAAGGAAGAUGGCUUUUGCUGUUAUGAGAUGAAAGACAGACAUCUACAGUUGAAAGAGAAUUUUCCCUUCUGCUUUUUGGUUCCAUCUUUUCCUUUUUGUCUAUGUUUUUUUCUGUCUUUAAUUUGAACUUGAUAUGGAAAUAUAUGAAGUAAAGUGCAUAGAAUCUAUAUAGAGGAGUUGUAAAAAGAAAGAAAAUGGAAAACUGAGGGGGGAUAUAUUUGUGGAAUCAAAUGAUAAACUUUUUGGAUAUUUUAAAUUCUUAACUUAUAUGAGUGAUGAUACAUAUGUCUUUUUAA